AGGUGACCUCUGAAAAUGGUGCGGUAUUCACUUGACCCAGAAAAUCCCACAAAAUCAUGCAAGUCGAGAGGUUCAAAUCUUCGUGUUCACUUUAAGAACACUCGUGAAACAGCCCAGGCCAUUAAGGGUAUGCAUAUCCGAAAAGCCACCAAGUAUCUGAAGGAUGUCACUUUAAAGAAGCAGUGUGUGCCAUUCCGUCGUUACAAUGGUGGAGUUGGUAGGUGUGCCCAGGCCAAACAGUGGGGCUGGACGCAGGGUCGGUGGCCCAAAAAGAGUGCUGAAUUUUUACUGCACAUGCUCAAAAAUGCAGAGAGUAAUGCUGAACUUAAGGGCUUAGAUGUAGAUUCUCUGGUCAUUGAGCAUAUCCAGGUGAACAAAGCCCCCAAGAUGCGGCGCAGGACUUAUAGAGCUCAUGGUCGGAUUAACCCAUACAUGAGCUCUCCUUGCCACAUUGAGAUGAUCCUUACUGAAAAAGAACAGAUUGUUCCCAAACCAGAAGAGGAGGUUGCCCAGAAGAAAAAGAUAUCCCAGAAGAAAUUGAAGAAACAAAAACUUAUGGCCCGGGAAUAAAUGCUGCAAAAAAUAAAUGCAAAUAAAAGUAAAAGCAGAGUAUUGGUUGUCUUAAUUAGUAAAUCUAUUUCAAGUGCCAUCACAAAAUGGAUC